AUGGGGCAGCAUAUCUCCGCCUUGCCAACGCCGCUGCUAUCAGUCGACCCAGGGCACCCGGAGGCUGAGCCAUCACCUAUGGAAAUUUCUGCUUUAAAUGCUACAUACGCUCCUAUGUUUGACUGGUCUAUUCGAAACUUCACGCCACCGCAAGGGCUCAGCAUGGACUUUCUUGACCUUUUGGGCUUCCCUGGGAAUGGACCUCAACUUGACCUCGAUGAUAUCUCGGGGCCGCAUGGUACUGCGACCGGACAAGUGGAUACAGAGACGCUUGUUGCUGACUCCGUCGAUCAACCAGCCAGGGAUAAGCUGCCUGGCCCGUCAGACCCAUGGCAUACAUACGGCGGGUCCGGGAUGGUUCAGCCAAAUUUGUGGGAGAAAUCUCGACCAGCAAGAUCAACGGAGCUUAGACAUGAUGGCAAUAAAGCCAUGAAUGGGUGGGAAGACUCAACUAGACCCCCGAGGCCAAUUAUGAGCUUCCUCAGUUUGGAUGAUACCCUGGCAAUGGAGGAUCACGGCCAUGUUCCUCGAGUUCGACAGAGUCAAGUGACGGAGUUGACGGCGUUAAUUGCAAAAACACAGUGCGCGCAAUCUUUGACAUGUAAUCCAGGCAUCAAAGGGCUCUUGAACAACCCGGAAGCUAUCAACACCUUUGUCCAGCUAUACUUUGAACACUACCAACCAACCCUACCUCUUCUUCACAAAGCAACAUUCAACGUGUCCGACACACCCCCGUUGCUCAUACUCGCAGUUGUCACCAUUGGGAGUCGGUUUUCCAAAAUUCCACGGGCCCGUGCACUGUCCUCCGUCCUGGGGGAAAUACUGCGCAAAGCACUCGAUGACCUGGUGGAGGAAAAUAUUCAUCAGACUAUCGAAAUCCCUUUUGCGCAGGCAGCACUUUUGAACCAAAUCCAGAUGGCCUUUGAUGGCUCCCGACACAUCGCCUUGAAGGUCCAGUUUCAGCGGGCCAUGCUAAUAACAGUGUGCCGUGGCCUACACUCCAGAAUGCGCCGGGAAGACCUGCUCCAGAAGCAGGAUAAUGGCUCACAUGCUAGUUGCCAUGCCGAAGCGGUUUCCAGGUGGCUUGGUAGAGAGCUCUCCAGAAGACUGACGUAUGCAAUCUGGUUGGUCGACUGUCAGUUUAGCCUGCACGCCAGCGUCCCACCAAUGAUGAGUCUGGACGACCUUGAUCCCAGCUUACCUUGCCCCGACACACUAUGGGAUCUGAAUGCGGCGGCGCUAUCCCGGCAGUUGAACAGUUCACAUAGCUAUGUCCGGGAAGUGAGGCUCAAGGACGCUUUAGAUCCCCUGAAGCUCGAGGAGAUAGUACGGUCAAAAGAUUUUGGACUCUUCUCGCGAUCAAUCGCGAUGACUGCAGUAUUCUAUCAGUGGCAUACGGCAACCAGUGUCAAUCGCUACAUACUUCAGAGAGAUGUAGACCAGCCUGGACAGCACCAUAGUUUAGACUUGCCAUUUGGGGAUGAUUAUGGGGCAGCGGCGACUGGGAAUGAGUUGACUCCAUCGAAGCCGUUGUUCCCUGUAAUCCAUCGUGCGAAAUGGAGGAGCACCGCCUUUGAAGCCAUCAGUGCAAUCUGCAGCAAUAUCCCCACUUACCAGCAGAGUGACGCAUCACAGCUAAUAAAGCUGUAUCACCACAUCUCGAUACUACUCAUUCUGCCACUACACCCUAUGUGCGAGUACAUUGGGUGGAUGGCUACCAAGCAGUGUACGACGGCAGCCCGCGAAAGUCUCUGCACUUGGCUACACGCCGACAUUCAGAAUGCCCGCAGGGCGGUAAUGCACGCCAUCACACUGUUCUGCCUCGUGCGGCGAAGGAAGAGUGCGGCUCAUAGUGAGAACCAUCAUCUCUUUGUCGCAUUCUUGACCAUCUGGACGUUUUUCUCUCUGGAUCUGGUGGCACGUCCCACUGGCCGAGAUGCAUCCGCUAUCGCUAAUGAGGAGAUGUACUGCUGCUGCAUUGACUGGGAUGGUGGAGUUGACGCGGCUGAGAAAGAGCGAUGGAUCCAAGCCUCUGGUAAUCCCCGUAUCCGGAUUGCGGGAGUAGGAAAUCUGGAAGAGCCGAGUGGCAUGCAUCGAAUCCUAGUCGAAACACAUCAGAUCCUUCUCUCGGACCAGGUAUGGGGGAUCAGCCGGCUAUUUGCGGAGGUGCUUGAGGGGCUCAUCAGCCGGGGAUCUGCGAGUGGUUAG